CACGGCAUGGCAUGGCAUGGCAUGGCAUGGCACGGCAUGGCAUGGCAUGGCACGGCAUGGCAUGGCACGGCACGGCAUGGCAUGGCAUGGUGUGGCACGGCACGGCAUGACACGUCACAUCACGGCACAUCACAUCACAUCACAUCACAUCACGGCACAUCACAUCACAUCACAUCACGGCACAUCACAUCACAUCACAUCACAUCACAUCACGGCACAUCACAUCACGGCACAUCACAUCAUGGCACAUCACAUCACGGCACAUCACAUCACGGCACAUCACAUCACGGCACAUCACAUCACGGCACAUCACGGCACAUCACAUCACGGCACAUCACAUCACGUCACAUCACGGCACGUCACAUCACGGCACAUCACGGCACAUCACAUCACGUCACAUCACAUCACAUCACAUCACAUCACGGCACAUCACAUCACGGCACAUCACGGCACAUCACAUCACGGCACAUCACAUCACGGCACAUCACAUCACGGCACAUCACGGCACAUCACAUCACGGCACAUCACAUCACGUCACAUCACGGCACGUCACAUCACGGCACAUCACGGCACAUCACAUCACGUCACAUCACGGCACGUCACAUCACGGCACAUCACAUCACGGCACAUCACAUCACGGCACAUCACAUCACGGCACAUCACAUCACGGCACAUCACAUCACGGCACAUCACAUCACGGCAUGGCACCAGGUGUGCAUUGGGGUUCACAGGGCAGUGGUGCGAGGCGGGCUCUCACUUCACCGGUGCGCCCUGCAUCAACAACUGCUCGGGCAGGGGCCGCUGUGACGCCGGCACGUGCGUGUGCCCCCCGGGGUUCUUCGGCGCCGACUGCUCCCUGCAGCUUGACAGCCACGGCGUCCCGAGAGUGUCUCUCCCCGAUGCCAUCCAGCCCCCUGUCUCAUCCCACGCCCCCCUGCGACCGCGCGUCUACGUGUACGACCUGCCUCCGCGCUUCACCUCGUGGAUUCUGCUGCACGGCCACAGCCUCGACCGCCCCGAGCCUCUCCACUUCUAUGAGCGCCUGCUCGCCAGCCCCUACCGCACGGCUGACGGCCACAACGCCGACUUCUACUUCGUUCCAAUUUUCCUGCGCAUGGCCCAGUCACACGCCCUCCUUGAUUCCGCCAUCCGCUACAUCAGCACCACGUGGCCAUACUGGAACGGCACACAUGCUCACCACCAGAGCAGCAACAACGCGAGCAGCAACAGCGGGGGCAGGAACCACCUGUUCUACGCGAGCAACGACUGGGGCAUGUGUGAGACUUUCGGGGGGGGGUGGGGGUACCGCGACCCGCUGCUGCUGCAUGCCUCUCUCCUCACGCUGUGGGGCCACCGGCUGAACAUGUUCAAGGGCGCCACACGCCCCUGCUUCAUCCCCGGCCAGGACGUGCUGCUCCCCCCGGAGCAAGGCGAGCGCGUGCUGCGCGCCAGCCCCUACAUCCGCUCCGCCCUCCUCGCCGCCUCCCUCCCCUCCUCCCUCUCCUCUGCUGCCUCUCCCUCCUCCCUCUCGCACCUCCUCACCCCGGCUACUAGUCCCACCAAUACAGCAGCCGAUGUGGCAGCAGCGGUGGACCCGCUCGCCCUCCAGACGCCCAUCCUAGCCCGCCCCUACCUGGCUUUCUUCCGCGGCUUCUUCUCCAACUGGGACGAGCUCCCGCCACCCACCGACAUCCCUGACGCGCGCCCCCUGCGCCCCUACGUGCUCAGCUUCGGGGUGCGGCAGCUGCUUUUCGACCUCUUCGUGAAUUUCACCGCCACUGGGGGGGUCAAGCCGGACGGGCUGGACCUGGAGGGGGUGAGCCUGGUGCCCACCACGGGAGCGCCGCAGGGGUUUAUCGAGGAGAUGCAGCGCUCACGGUUCUGCCUGGCGCCGGCGGGGUUCGGUUGGGCCAUGCGCACAACGCAGGCCGUGCUGCUGGGAUGCAUUCCAGUCAUUCUGCAGGACGAUGUGGAGCAGCCGUUUGAGGGCGAGCUAAUAGACUGGGACGCCAUAGCGGUGCGGGUGAGCUACAGCGACAUCCCACGGCUCUUUGACAUCCUGCGAUCCAUUCCAGAUGCAGAGGUUGAACGGCUGCAUGCUGCUGGCGCUGCUGUGUGGCCACGAUUCGUCCACCUGGCGCCUCACCUGCAUCAAUGGCUGCAGGUGAAGCCAGGUGAAGAGGGGGAAGAUGGGGACGCCGAUGCACGGAGAGGAGGGAGUGGAGAUGAACGUGUUGCGAGGGCAUUGGCCCCUGCUCUGCAGAGCAUGGACAUGUUUGAAUCGCUCAUGGAAGUCUUGAGGAGACGGGUGCUGAUGAGAGAAAAGGGGAAACCCCCGUCUGGUUGAUGGCUAUUGUAACCCCCUUACAAAUUGAUAAUAUUGGAAGCCAAAAUAUAACAGAAGGGCAUUGUCGGGAUCCUUGCUUGGCAGUGUAACAGAAGGGCUGGUUUAGUAGCCUGGUGAACGCUGCCAGCCACCAUUGAUGGUGGUGCAUCAGAUCGACGGUUUCACGAUUCUUGGUUCUGCUUUGAUAUUCAAUGACAAACAUGGCAUCUGAUAGGAGCCAGGACAAGCC